AUGGUGUGGAAUCCAGGUCCCAGCAGGAAGAAGCUGUCAAGCUCCCUGAGGAUCAAGAGGAGGAACAGACUGGAAACAUCACCCCUAUUCCGAUCCCAUCCCAUCCCUGACCUCUCCACCGACCUCUCCACUGUACUAGUCCUGCCCCAGAAGACUCCCUCCACGGCAUCCUCUUUUAGCACACAGGCUACCGUGGCAAUAGACCUCUUGAGUGACCUCCAGGUCCAGUACACGGAGAAGCAAAAGAGGAUCAAGCGUCUCUCCGAGAUUUUCAUGGCCUCUUUGGGAACCCUGCACUGGCAGGUUGUCUACACCAAGAGGAGGAUCGAAGCGGCUGAAGAGCGUCUGUGGAGGGAAAGAGCUGCAGGUCACCUCUGCCAAGGCUAUGAUGGUGAUGCAAAUUCUCCUCCACCUGCUGGUUCUCCUCCUGCCUCUGGUUCUCCUCCUGCCUCUGGUUCUCCUCCUGCGGCUGGUUCUCCUCCACGUGAUGGUUCUCCUCCUGCCUCUGGUUCUCCUCCUGCGGCUGGUUCUCCUCCACCUGAUGGUUCUCCUCCUGCUGCUGAUGCCUGCUCCUCUUCAUCGUCCCAGCCCCUGCCUGGGCCCAUCUCCCUGCCCUCCCUCUCCCCCACCAGCUCCCCCACUCCCCUCCACCUGCAUCCCCUCCUCACCCCUCCUCCUUCCCCUCCUCUUCUGGAUCCAGAUCUCCACAACCUUCAUGAAGUCCUGCAGGCAAUGACGGAGAUCCAGAUUCACGAGCUGCAGGAGAGCGAGAAAGACCUUGCCAGCAUCAAGGAGGCACAGAGUACAGUCAAGGGGCUGAGGCGGCAGCUGACGAAGCUAAGGAGCCGGCUCUGCAGCGUGGAGGAGAAAGUGGACAUUCGGGUCAGGAAAAGCCAGCUGGACCGUGGUGGAGGAGGAGGAGAAGGCGGAGGGGGGGGAGAUGGGCUUGAUCGGGACAGUUAGGAGGCACAAUGUACUUAUUUCUUUGUUUAGCCUGUAUUUUUAGCAUAGAUCUUUUUGAUUGGCAUUUG